UAUGGCUAAUCUGCGUUUUAACAGCGACCGUCAUUAUCAUGGUUAUCUGCUGGAGGAUUCAUGUAUCACAGAUUCGUCAGUCAAACGAAACAUGCCACCGAAACUCUGAUCUGUCCGAUCUUAAACGAAUGCACAGCGUUCUCCGUCACCAGUUCACUGAGAUGGAAACGAAGUACAGAUCUGUCAACGAAACCAAGGUUAAAAUCUGUGAAUUUUUGACCAGCAGAAUAGAGCAGUUGUGCCCGCAGAACUGGAUCGAAAACGAAAAUCGGUGUUAUUUCAUAUCCACCUUGGAGAAACCUUAUCAUGGAGCGAGAGAAUAUUGUUCAAACUUUGAUGCAAGGCUCCUCGAAAUAAAUUCAAAUGAGGAAGAGGAAUUUGUUUCAACCACUAUCGGCAAUGUAUACAGAACUUACUGGAUUGGAAAAUGCAGAGAUGGGAAUGUGGACUCUAAUCUUCUGUAUAAGCCCUAUGGAUGGCCCAGAUGCAGUAAAUGCAACACGUACUGGAACAACAAUUGCGAAAGUAAUUACAGAUUCAUCUGCGAGAAGUCGGAUAUUCCUGCAGAGAUCCGAGGCCUCUGUCAAAAACCCGUGGGGAAGACUUAAAUCAAAUGAAUGCAUCCCACCUUUCCCCAUUUUAUCUAACCCACUCACAAACCCCCAUUCUUUUACUGUUUCCCACCCCCUCCUUCCUAGCACUCUCUUCUCCUCUACUCGCAUCCCCAUUCUUCACCACUACUCACCUUCUCCCCAUCUAGACAAAUUUUUACCCUUCCCGCCCCGCUAUUCCCCGCUCCCCCCAUUUACACCACCUUUCUACUCCUGUCUUCGCUUCUGCCCUGGCUCUGUCCCCCUCGGACCACAUUGCCUGCCUCUCCUCUCUCCGUUCUCUCCACACACUCUCACCUCAAUUCUGUGCACUCUGUCUCUCAAUUCCCCAACCCAGGGGGAAAAUACUGUGCACAUUCACCCUAUCUGUACCCCUCCUGGAUUCAUAAACUCAAUCCAAGGAAUAUAGACUCAUCCGUCCUUCUUGCCUUCUUGCCUUCUCUCCGUAUCUUAGACUCUCGAGACCCGGCAACAUCCUCGUAAAUCUCCGCCCGCACUCUUCCCAGCUCAGUGGCAUCUUUCCUACAGGACGGCGUCCGGAAAUGAACACCGCCUUCCGAGCGCCGUCUAACUGAAGCCUUGAAAAAACUUCAACGUUACCCCGGGACGA